AUGGCACCAUCAGCUCCAGAAGUGAUGUCAGACGACGAUUGGCGUCGUUUACUAACACAACCGAGUCUUUCAGAACGAGUUUCAUUCCUGCGCUAUUUAGCCAUCACACAAUAUCGUGCCAAACAAGAUCUGCUCAAGAAGCAAAGCGCUGAUGAAGCUUACAUUGAAUACAUCAAGGAACAGCAGCGGCAGUUUGAAAGUGGUGGCAUGGGCUAUGGUCCUCGAAUGUAUCAAAUAAUGAUGAACCCACUAAGGAAUAAAAAAAGAUUGCAUCAGCUCUACGGAGCACGUGUGUGGCGAACCAUGCGGCUUGAUGAGAAGCCACAUGUGGUUUUCGAUAUGCAGUUCAUUGAUGAAAUGGCCGAGAAACGUCGAAAUAUUAUCGGAAACCAAAUGCAAUACCUUAUUUCGGUUCGUUCUCAGUUGAUACAAAUCUGGAUUCAGUUUCUCAUGUUCAUUUGA